AUGUCCGGCACAUUUAUCUCACCAAGGCUACGGCCAUCACUCCUCUCAGCGGAACCCAUCGACUACAUCUGCAAUGCCUGCUCCCGCCGCAGCGUAGCCACAUACCGACGAACGCGCAAAGCGUUAAAAGUCGUCGGCGCCCAGAAAAGCGGCUCGACGACCGAACACGAAGACCACAUCAUCUUCAACCCGCCCUCGAGCGCACCCAACGUCUAUCACACGCCCUACAAAUUCCUCCCGUCAACAGACAAACGCAAAGCCCUGCUCGCCCGACACAUGGCCACGACCAGCGGCCUCUCAUCACCGCCCACCUCAUCAUCAUUAUCAUCACCCCAAUCCACCCUCGCCGCCAUCGCCGCCGCCCGCCGACAACAAUCCGCCGCCUCCCUCCCCCAACCUCUCAAGCCCGUCAAGGAGAAACGCUACCACCUCGGCCAAGCCGAAGUCGACGAAAUGCGCCGGCUACGUGCCGAAAACACGCGUGCAUGGCCCUUGCAGAAGUUGGCCGAGAAAUUCGACUGCUCGGUGUACUUCGCGACGCUGUGCUGCUAUGGCAUCGGCGACAAGGACCUGUUCGCGGAGCGCGCGCACGAGAUGGCGGCGGUGAAGAGUCGGUGGGGCCGGAAACGCACGGAGGCCAGGGAGGAUCGCGCCGAGAGGAAAACUCUCUGGGGAGCGGCGUGA